AUGCAAAGUGGAAAUACAACUGGCAUCUCUGAAUUCUUCCUCCUGGGACUCUCUGAACAGCCAGAUCAUCAGCUGAUUCUCUUUGGUCUAUUCCUGGCCAUGUAUCUAGUUACCCUAUUGGGGAACCUGCUCAUCAUACUGGCCAUUGUGUUCAACUCCCAUCUCUACUCUCCUAUGUAUUUCUUCCUGGCCAAUCUUUCUUUUGUUGAUACAUGUUUUGCCUCCACUACAGUCCCCAAGAUGCUCAUGAACAUCUGGACCCAGCAUCAGAACAUCUCCUAUGCUGGGUGCCUCACUCAGAUGUAUUUCUUCAUGACCUUUGCUCUUUUGGAUGAUUUCUUCCUUGCUGCUAUGGCUUAUGAUCGCUAUGUGGCCAUUUGCCUCCCUCUUCACUACACCACAGUCAUGAGUUCUACACACUGUGUCCUGCUCCACCUCAUUGCCCUCUCUCUCACUUUCUUCAUGGCUCAGUUCUCCUUUUGUGAAUCCCACGUGAUCCCCCACUUCUUCUGUGACCUCCUACCUCUUCUCAAGCUGUCCUGUUCAGACACUAGCAUCUUUCAAGUGGUGAUGUUCAUUGAUGCCAGCUUAGCUGGUUUUAUCCCAUUCACUUGCAUUUUGAUCUCCUAUAUCCACAUUAUUUUCACUAUCUUCAGGAUCCCUUCUGCUGAUGGAAAGCAUAAAGUCUUCUCCGCCUGUGGUUCCCAUCUCUCAGUGGUCAUUCUCUUCUAUGGGACUCUCAUUCUAGUUUAUUUACAGCCCUCGUCUUCCUACUCAGCAGACACAAGUAUUAUCAUAUCUGUGAUGUACACAGUUGUGACACCCAUGCUCAAUCCUUUCAUCUAUAGUCUGAGGAAUAAAGACAUAAAGAGAGCCCUAAGGAAGCUGCUCAGCAAGGGAAUGAUUCUCUCUAGGUGA